AGUUUCCCAUUAGGGGAUUUGAAUUUGAUGCUAUCACCAAUCAACUUGUCUGCAAAUCGGUUAAGCUCGUUGCUGCAGAAGUGCAUGAAACUGAAAGUGCUGCCACCAUGCAAGCAAAUUCAUGCUAUAAUGUUAACAUCGUGCCUAGAUAUGAAUGUUCUGUCACUGAAUUCAAGGCUCGUUGGUGUCUAUGCUAGUUGCGGAGAUUUAGAUUCUGCCGAACUAAUCUUUCAAAGAACCCAAAAUCCAAAUAUUUUUGCGUUCAAUUGGAUGAUUUCAGCUUUAUCAUUCAAUUGCUACCCAGAAAAAGCCAUUGAAUACUUUUCCUUGCUUCAAGAAUCUGGAAUUAUUCCGAAUAAGUACACCAUUUCUGUAGUCUUGAAAGCCUGCUUGGGUUUGAAGGAUUUGAGAAAAGGAAAGGAAGUUCAUUGUAUGCUGCACAUGAUGGGCUUUCAAGUGGACUUAUCAAUUGGCAAUGCAUUGAUAGACAUGUAUGGUAAACUCGGGAACAUACAUUAUGCACGGUUAGUGUUUGAUAAAAUGUCUACAAGAGAUGUAGCAACAUGGACAUCAAUGCUAUAUGGGUAUUCAAGCAUGGGAAACAUUGAAGAGUCACUUAUUUUGUUUGAAAGGAUGAGGUUGGAUGGAUUGAAGCCAAAUGAGUUCACUUGGAACGCAAUGAUAUCUGCGUAUGCUAGGAGAGGAAACUGUGAUGCUGUUUUUCUUUUGUUGUCUAAGAUGAGUAAAGAGGGGUUAGCCCCAGACUUGGUAACUUGGAAUGCAAUGAUUUCCGGGUUUGUUCAAAGCCACCGAUACNCCUCAAAUUUAGAGAGCAGUGAAAUUAAAUUAGAUACGCAAUGCUCUCCAUUAUUGAAAUCUUAA